AUGGCCGAUCUCGCCGAACGACCAGCGCCUGAGCUGCACGCCGAAAAUGAGGAAUCUGAUCUACCGAAUGAGGACAACAUAGUUUCGGAUAAAACCGAAGACCCUAUUCGAGGCAAUGACGCUGACGCUAGUGCUGAUGCUGAGCAAGAGCCAGAGCCAGAAGAGCCAGAAGAGCCGGAAGAGCCAGAAGAGCCAGAAGAGCCAGAAGAGCCAGAAGAGCCAGAAGAAUCAAAACAAGGUGAUGCUCAAGAACAGGCAGCCCCUGUUGUAGAUGAAAAUACUGCCGACGGGGAAGAAACCCAACAAAAUGUCCCUAUCGAUUUCGUCACAAUGGGCAUGUUUAUUAUCGACGACAUCGACUUCAUUCCUCCUACUGAGCCUGUCAAAGACAUACUUGGCGGCGCUGGUACCUACUCGGCUCUAGGAGCUCGCCUUUUCUCUCCUCCACCCAAAUCUACUUCUGUUGGCUGGAUUGUCGAUCAGGGCUCCGACUUUCCCCCUUCUCUCUCUACACUCAUCGACAGUUGGUCCACUUCAGCCCUGUUUCGCCAUGAUGGCCUGCGAUUGACUACGCGAGGCUGGAACGGCUACGAAGGUACUGCCGAGAAGCGCGCCUUCAAGUACUUGACCCCCAAGAAGCGUCUGACUGCUGAGGAUCUUACCCCAACCUUGUUGCAAUCACGCUCGUUCCACCUGAUAUGUUCUCCGAAACGAUGCAGAGAUCUUGUUGCAGAGAUCGCAUCACUUCGUAAGAAGGUUAUGCCUGCCGAGUCGUACACCAAGCCCAUCUUUAUAUGGGAACCGGUACCUGAUUUGUGUACCCCCGACGAGCUGCUCAACUGCACCAACUGUCUGCCCCUUGUGGACAUUUGCAGCCCAAACCAUGCCGAACUAGCUGGCUUUAUGGGCGAUAGCGGGCUCGACCCAGAGACAGGUGAGAUUUCAACAGUCGCCGUGGAGCGAGCCUGCGAGCAGCUCCUUGCCAGCAUGCCCUUACAGUCCUUUACUCUUGUCGUUCGCGCUGGUGAAAAGGGGUGUUAUAUCGCGAAGAACGGAGGAAGGAAACGAGGGCGUGAUCAAAAGACCACCAAACGACGAAAGAAGGACUACAUUAGAGGCGGUCUACAACACGAUACGGAUAUGGAGGCUCUGUUUGCUGGUUUACUCCAGGACGCCGACGGCUUUGUCGCACGCGAGGAGAUCGAAGUCGAUCCAGGUAUUGAGAAAUGGGUCCCUGCAUUUCACACCGAGCCUUCAAAGGUUGUUGACCCUACCGGAGGUGGAAACACAUUCUUAGGCGGCCUUGGGGUUGCGUUGGCACGAGGCGAAGGCAUCGAAGAAGCUGUAGCCUGGGGAGCUGUCGCAGCAAGCUUCGCGAUCGAACAGGUCGGCGUUCCGACGCUUGGUAGAGAUGCAGAGGACUGCGAAACUUGGAACGGGCACAACGUGGAGGCUCGUCUGCGGGAGUUUCGUGGACGUCUAUGA